AUGCCCACGCCAACUCAACCAGGCUCCACUCAACCAGGACUAACGAAAUCCUACAGCGCCGCCGUGCAACAACAAACCACCCCGUCGGCUCCAGUCUCGGCAGCGCUAAUACGCGCAGUAACCAGAGAACGUCAAAUUCUAUUCGACCCUGCACCAGGGAAAAUCCUAUUCGCCCCCGACAUCAGCCCAGCAGAAAUAGCGACUAAGAUGAACACAGCGUUCUCAGUGGUACAGACAGACGACUCUCCUUCCACCCAAGUCAAGGCCACAAUCAAACUACGCAACAGAGGCCUCAUAGUGGAAUUAACCUCUACAGCAGCAGCAAACUGGAUCCGCCUCCCAGAAAAUCGACUCAGGAUCAUCGAGGCACUUAAUAUACCGGCAUCAAUCAAGGAACGACGAUUCUCCAUCAUCGUACCAUUCUUGCAAACCUCUUCCGAAAUAGAAGACCCUGACUGGCUACGCCUUGUAGAAGAGGAAAACGACCUCAGCAAAGGCGCAAUAGAAUCAGCACAAUGGAUAAAACCAAGGCUAAGACGUGCACCUAACCAAAGGGUCGCUCACGCUAUCCUCCAUUUUACAGACUCAAAUGCAGCCAACGUUGCUUUGCGAGACGGUCUUUACAUCAACAAAGAAAAACUCCACCCCCGCAAGGAUAAAAAGGAACCCGUGCGAUGCGUCAAAUGUCAAUUAUGGGGCCACAUAGCCAGAGAUUGCAACGCACCUCGCGACACGUGCGGAACAUGC